AAAAAAAAACCCCUGCCAAGUGCUCGCGCUGGAAAGCCGCCGCGAAGCGUCAUGCCAACGAAUUUAAAGCUCUUAAAGGUUUCAAACGAGUGACGGCCAAUAAAAGGAAAACAAGCUUUAUCGUCUUUAUUUCUUAUUUACACGCUUCUUUCUUAUUUAUUUCACAGAAGUGAAAACCAAGCCUCGCUUUUUCUGGCUCCGUUUUCCGCCGUUUUUGUGUGAAAAUGUAAAAUAAAAUGUCUUCAGAGCUAUAGCGGCUAAAGGCAGAUACACACCUGCUCUUCAAGUCUUCAGCCUUAUUCUUACUGAUAUGUUAAGCGCGGUCAGCACUAUGACUGAUGGGGACUACGAUUAUUUGAUUAAACUCCUGGCUCUCGGUGACUCAGGAGUGGGAAAAACAACCUUCCUUUACCGCUAUACAGACAACAAGUUCAACCCCAAGUUCAUCACUACCGUGGGCAUUGACUUCAGGGAAAAGAGAGUGGUGUACAGCACUAACAGCCCUAAUGGGACUACGGGAAAGACGUUUAAAGUUCAUCUGCAGCUCUGGGACACAGCAGGACAGGAGAGGUUUAGAAGCUUGACGACAGCUUUCUUCAGAGACGCAAUGGGAUUCCUGCUCAUGUUUGACCUGACAAGCCAGCAAAGCUUUCUGAACGUCCGCAACUGGAUGAGUCAGCUACAGGCGAAUGCCUACUGCGAAAAUCCAGACAUUGUUCUCAUUGGAAACAAAGCGGAUCUGGCAGAUCAAAGAGAAGUUCAGGAGAAGCAAGCUAAAGAGCUGGCAGAUAAAUACGGCAUCCCAUACUUUGAGACGAGUGCAGCGACGGGCACAGCAGUAGAUAAAGCUGUGGUCACUCUGCUUGACCUGGUGAUGAAGAGGAUGGAGCAGUGUGUGGAAAAACCAGAAAAUGUCGACGCACAUUACACAGACAGCACCAGCAAACUGAGCACCACGCCAACAGCGGAGAAAAAAUGCGCCUGUUAGAAAUUGCCUUAUUGCGCCCUCGUGUGGACGGAUGUGGAGUUACAGCUCAGUCCUGUACGUACUCGAGUGAUUAUGAAAGCAGGGUGCUGGAUCUGUUUGUAAAUGCAUUUAAAAAAUCUGAUCAUUUCUUUCUUGUUUGUAGUAUAUCUAGUGCGUUUUGAAGAAAAAAAAUCUGGUUAAUAAGCUUUUGGUCUUUUUCCACCUCAUAAUUGGUCGUUUAAACACCCGUAUAAACAAUGAUUCUUUAUAAUAAUAUUUAUUUCUUUAUAAAUUCUUUAUGACAGGUUAUGAGUUUUUUAAUACUCAGUUUUUAAAAGACUUGCAUUAAAGCAUGAAUAUACUUACUGUAUGAUAGAAUGUAUGGAUUUAGUUCUCCAGUCCACUUUUAUGAAAUUAAUGCUUUCUGCCCUUUAAUUACUCAUAA